AUGGCCUCCCGGAGCUGGAACUACGUGGCCAUGGUCUUGCUGACCCCCCUCGGCCUGCUGGGAGGUGCUGACGUUAAGGACUGGGUUGUGGCCCUCCCAAAAGACCCCAUGGAUGUGCAGGAGGGCUCCUGCGUGACCCUCGAGUGCAGCUACAACAUCUCUCUGGGGAAGGACGUUGGAGCUGUGUGCUGGAAGCAGAAUAGAGUCAUUAUUGCUUAUCACUCAGACAAGGCUUAUGUAGAUGCGGCCUUCAAAAACCGGACCUGGUCCUUCAGCAAACACCCGGGCAACUGCUCUCUGCAGCUCAUGGGGCUGCGCCUAGGGGAUCAGGGUCCCAGCUGCCCCACUGGCUGCAUCUGUGAGGAGAGGGCAGCCCCAGAGCUGGCUCUGUUAUCCCCGGCCCACCAGCCCCAUCUCUGCCCUCCUCAACCAUCCCAGAAUUCAGUGCUGCUAAUGGGAUGGUCUGGGACAGUUGGGAUGCAUCUGGCCCUUGUGAGUUGCUCUGGAGACUGGAUCCCCCCCAGGGCCCAGCCUGGCUCAUGGGCAUCUCUCCUCCCAGCCCACCCAUGCCAUCCUAGCCUGGAGACACCACAGGGACAGGGGUCCCUCUCCUGCUCUGUGCAGCCUGACUGCCAGGGAUCCCCUGUCUGGGACAAACGGGAUGACCAGAGGAUCCCGGCUGGGAUGGGGAACAGCUCGCUGCAGGUGUCCCCAUCCCAGCUGGGUCCCAACAUGAUGCUGAGCUGCCGGGUGGAUGGACACAGAGACCAGUGCAGCCCUGAACAGAACCAGCCCCUACAACCAGGGAAUCUGCACUUGAAGAUUUUGCUCCUGACGGCAAAGCGUGUGGUGCAGGAACAUGACUAUGUCAACAUGCGCUGCAUGGAUGCCACCCGGAUCCCCGUGGCCAGGUACUUCUGGACGCAUGGGGACAAGUGGCUGCAGGAAAGAGGGCAGUAUUUGCGCAUCAGCGACAUCAGCACUGCUCAUGGAGGUGUCUACACCUGCAGCGUCUGGGUCUCCGGCCCUGGGUGGGCGUUCCUGGUCUCCUCUGGCAACAGAUCCAUCACGGUUCAUU